GCCCCCUCCGCUGCCACCCGCGACUGCGCGCGCAGAGGCUCUGAGGGCGCCUGCGGGAAGGGACGCGGCGGGGUAGAAGCAAAUAAUGGGCAAGAGUCUCUUUAAUUAACCUGUGGUCAUCAUGUCUAAGGACGAGUGUGCCAAGGCUGGCGAUAGCUCAUUUUCCUCUGAUAAACAUGCCCAGCUCAUCUUGGCCCAAAUCAACAAAAUGAGAAAUGGCCAGCGUUUCUGUGAUGUACAGCUGCAGGUCGGGAAGGAAACCUUUCACGUUCACCGGCUGGUUCUGGCUGCGAGCAGUCCAUACUUCGCAGCUUUGUUCGCUGGAGGAAUGAAAGAGUCCUCAAGAGACGUUGUACAGAUUCUAGGAGUUGAAGCUGGAAUCUUUCAGUUACUUCUAGACUUCAUUUACACAGGACUAGUGAACAUAGCUGUGAAUAAUGUUCAGGAGUUGAUUGUUGCAGCAGACAUGCUACAGUUGACUGAAGUUGUCAAUCUUUGCUGUGACUUUCUAAAAGGACAAAUUGAUCCACAGAACUGCAUUGGACUCUUCCAGUUCUCUGAGCAAAUUGCCUGCCAUGAUCUUUUGGAAUUUACAGAAAACUAUAUUCAUGUCCAUUUCUUGGAGGUUCAUAGUGGAGAAGAGUUCCUGGCACUUACGAAAGAUCAGCUAAUCAAAAUUUUACGAAGUGAGGAACUUAGCAUUGAAGAUGAAUACCAAGUCUUCUUAGCUGCAAUGCAGUGGAUUCUGAAAGACCUGGGAAAGAGAAGAAAACAUGUGGUAGAAGUGUUAGAUCCAAUUCGAUUCCCUUUAUUACCAUCUCAGAGGCUUUUAAAGUACAUAGAAGGAGUAUCUGAUUUUAAUCUUCGAGUUGCAUUGCAAACACUUCUGAAAGAAUACUGUGAGGUCUGCAAGUCUCCCAAAGAGAACAAGUUUUGUAGUUUUCUGCAGACAUCCAAAGUUCGACCUCGGAAGAAAGCAAGAAAAUACCUGUAUGCAGUAGGUGGAUAUACACGCUUGCAGGGGGGCCGUUGGAGUGAUAGCAGAGCCCUCAGCUGUGUAGAACGCUUUGAUACGUUUAGUCAGUACUGGACCACUGUGUCUUCACUCCACCAGGCUCGAUGUGGACUUGGAGUAGCCGUUUUGGGAGGGAUGGUCUACGCUAUUGGAGGUGAAAAGGAUUCAAUGAUUUUUGACUGUACUGAAUGCUAUGACCCAGUUACUAAACAAUGGACAACUGUUGCUUCAAUGAAUCACCCCCGCUGUGGCUUGGGAGUAUGUGUGUGCUACGGGGCUAUCUAUGCUUUGGGUGGGUGGGUUGGAGCUGAGAUUGGCAACACCAUUGAACGAUUUGAUCCUGAUGAAAAUAAAUGGGAAGUUGUUGGCAACAUGGCUGUGCCUCGCUACUAUUUUGGGUGCUGUGAAAUGCAAGGUUUAAUUUAUGUUAUUGGAGGAAUCAGCAAUGAGGGACUGGAGCUUCGUUCUUUUGAAGUUUAUGAUCCUCUUUCUAAGCGUUGGUCACCACUUCCUCCUAUGGGGACCAGAAGAGCAUAUCUCGGGGUGGCAGCGCUCAAUGACUGCAUCUAUUCUAUUGGAGGGUGGAAUGAGACACAAGACGCUCUUCACACUGUAGAAAAGUACUCCUUUGAGGAGGAAAAGUGGGUUGAAGUUGCUUCAAUGAAAGUGCCCAGAGCAGGCAUGUGCGUUGUGGCGGUCAAUGGUCUCCUGUAUGUUUCUGGAGGCCGCUCUUCUAGCCAUGAUUUCUUGGCCCCAGGUACCUUGGACUCAGUUGAAGUUUAUAACCCUCAUUCAGAUACAUGGACAGAAAUUGGUAACAUGAUCACAAGUCGCUGUGAAGGUGGUGUUGCUGUACUAUGACACAGAAAGCAUAAAAGUACAAGUAGCAUUUGGAAAUGUAGGUUCUGACCUGUUGUAAAUCAAACUUGUAUUUGUGAUAUGGCCCUCUGAUUCUUUUGAGGAUAUGUAUUGAAUAGAUAGAUAGAUAAGAGUGAUUUUUUUUCUAAAGUUUAAAUGUGAAUAGAUAUGGAAUAUAUCUUAAUAAAGAACUCAUAAGUUUGCAAAGCUUAACAACAAUAGAAAUGGUGUUUAUGCCUUACAGUUAUUCAGUUAUCAAUAUAAUCCUAAUUGUAAAAAUUGUUUGUUUAGAAACUUCUGGGAAAUAGUGCCUUUGGCUACUUCUCUAGUGCAGUUCAAAUUGUAAUAUAGCCUGUAUACAAUAAAUGAUCAUCUCUGA